AUGUUGAUCCUCAUUCUUCUCCUCUCGGUCGCAGCGUUUGCGCUUUCAGCAAACGAAGGUAGGUGCAAAAUUCAACUUUAUCGUUUUAUAAUUUCCCUAGAAAAUUACUGCAAACUUAGAGCAGAUCAGUGUAUCUAAGGUCUGUAGGCUCAGGUCGAAGUUUAAAAUACAUGAAUAUUUGGGUCGAAGUCCAUCAGCCACGGCGAGUAACCGCGUAGUAUUCGUUAACUGCUGACAGGCAGCUAGUAGUAUUAUUUAGGGUCUGUUUAUUAAUAUCGGGUUUUCGGAAUACCUGCCCCAAAAUUGUGUUGCCCUUUUUUAUUGAAAAUUCAUAUUCGGCCAAGACUAAGGCCGCAAUGCAAAUACUCCUCUCCACCCCACCAAUCCUGGAUAUCGGGUGGCAUUAGACGAAAAAAGAGAUGAAAAUAGAAACACGUGUGUUUGCUCUUUUGGCUACUACCUGUGCUGUUAGUAUGGAAUCACCUUACCCUAAAGUAUACUACUAACUGCCUGUUGGCCGUUAACGAAUAGAAUGCGGUUACUCGCUGUGGCUGAUGGACUUUGGCCAAAAUACUUAUGAUUAAAAAUUCUCGGUCUGAGCCUAUAGACUUUAAAUAUGCUGACCUACUCCAAGUUCGCAGUUAGUUUCUAAGGAAAUUACAAAGCAACAGUUUGUAAAUUGGAGUAUCUACCCGAAAGCAGACAGGGAUUGCUAGGGGACCCACUGAUGAGUCGAACCCCGCACAGCUGUGUCAUGCAGCGGCAGACUAUCGGCGAAUCAGGCGUGUAUGGGCUUCUAUCAAAUACCUGUGCUUUAAGUAUAGAAUCACCCAUCCAGAGUUUAGCUUUAAACAGUGUCCAACAGCCCCCUUCAUUUUCAACUAUUCUGACGCAGUUCUUGAAAACUAGCGGGCACUACAGUCGCAGAAUGUUACAGUAGUUUAUGUUGUCGGCUGAAUUUCCCUUGUCCUUGAAAUGCGUAUGAACACGCACGGUUAAUGAAUUAUCUCAUGAAGGAUCACGAACUGUGAGCUUAAAUAGCUAUGGCACACGAAACGCCCACACCGCAUCCACGAAAGUUAUACUGCGUUAGAUGUACGGUCGAGGUUCAAAACAAGGCACAGUUUAAUCUACAGAGUAUUAUUUAGUGAUUAAGAAGGGACUUAUUUUAGGAAGAACCACCGACUCAAAAAGCGACUAUAUGAUGGGUCAAUUAUUCAAGGCCUAAUAUAACUGUGAACAGAGAAAGAAAAUGUCGUACACAGACAAAAUGAUAAAAAACAGUAACAAAUACAACGUAAUCGUACUUUAUUGAUUGUCCUUUAGCUUCUAAUGUUGCCGUAGGAUGAGAGGGCAUGGAGACUACCAAGUUGUUUACGGUGGUUUGAUCUAUGAAAUUAUUAAGCAAAAGGCUAUCCUUUUCUCCAUUGAAAGAUGCCGUUUUGUUUGGUCCCACUUUCUUUUGAUAAAUGCAAAAAGAAUUUUGAUAUGAUUAACGUCUGGACUGUUAACAGGACUAAAAACGCUCCGAAGAAAGCAGGCGGAGAGGCUGGCCUUUGUCCAAAACAUUAGAUUAUAGUCGUAAGCUGGAUUGGAAUCCCACCCCUUUUGGGCGGUGAAUAGGGGCAUUAUCCUGCAACAUCACAGUGUCCAUUCGGCAUCGAUGAAUGUCGUUGUAACCGAAGACAUCAUUUACGAUGUCGAUGAACACCUUGCUCUUUAGCAUCUCCGCUGUUGAGCGCAAGACCGGUCGCUCUCCGAAUUGGAUGGCCAUCCAAACCAUCAGGCGUCGACAGUUCUUGGAAGUUGGUGUCGGUAUAGUGUGUUCUCGUGAAAAGUUCUUCCCAUAUAUGACCACUUGGGACAACUUCAGCGGCUUGUCUAAAAUAAUUCUCCAAAUAUUUGUCUGCCUAAUAUUGAAAAUACUAGCUAACAACUCAGGCUGCAGCCUUUCGGCUGCCAGUUACCAUAUCCGCUCAAAGUCAAUUUCCGAUAGUAAGUGUUUCGACAUCUUUGCUGUACGGCGUGGCAAAGGAAAGUGGCAGCGUGUACAGAACAAUAUAUUGAAAAUAAGUUAGAUUUUUGGGAGGGAAUAACAUUUAAUGCGUAAAUUUUCGAGUCUGGUUCCUCAGCUCGUAGUCAGAUUUUUUGGGUUAUGUACAAAAUCAGUUAACUAUUUAACCCUGUCGAACAAGUGACUCUUUGAUUGGCCUAGGUCUGCGCCAAUGCGCGUCAAUGGUUUUUAACCAUCCCCUCGGCUUUGGCCGCGCUCGCUUCUAUUUGUCCUUGAGAAAUUUGUAUAGAGCUAUAUAUGUGUGCGUCUACGCCUACUACUUCCCGGUGUAGUAAAACAAAUACCUUCGAACAAGCUUUUUACUGUGUUUAACGAUAUAAAUCGUGACAAUUUUUCUAAAGGGAAUUUGUAAAGAGCAAACGUCUCCUUUUUCCAUGAAAAGGAUGCAUCUUUAUAAAUCGGCCUUAGCCAGAUCUUCGUGAAGUAAAAAUAGCACUUUUCAUUUCCACAGUGCACUUGUUUGAUAUUUUUCCUGGUUAUAUGAAAGUUAUUUUAUGACGCAACGCCUACUAAUAGGGGGUUUUAACAGGUGACACUUCUUAGAAUAGAAAAUUACGUGGAUAUCUGGAAACAUCAGAAUUUGUCUAAUCUUGACCUGUUUUCCCUCAUUAAAACUGAGCUAACGUGACCUGUUCUUCAAGAAAGGGCUUUUUUAGAUUCCAGUCAUUUUUCAAAACAGAGAUAACCGCACCGAAUAUAUGCAGUUCUACUAACUUAAAUACCGAUCCAGAUAUUUUACGAACUAGGUCAUCUACUGUAUGGCAGAAUCGAACGAAUGUAUGCACAAAUGUGGUUUAUAACAGUUACUGGCCUAUAAAAUUGCCUGAGUGUAAGCUAGGGUUGAUUCCCAUCCGGAUUGGCACUUUUAUGUUAUGUUACGUGAGGAAAGGGAAUUCGCGGGGGGGGGAUGGAUAAAAUGCAUCCGGUCGAGGGGUCCUCAGAGUGAUCGGGUCACGGUUUUCCUAAUUUGCAACGCUGGGAGUGGUUGAUUUGGUCUGCCCGCCUGAUUGUGUGCACGCCCCUCCAUUUAAAUAACUUGCGUUCCAGAAUAAUUUUAUGACAUUCAGUCAAAGCGCUCGUCCGUCACUUGGGCGUGCUAAUCAAACCAGCAUUCUUUGUUCGUCUCGCAGUCCAUGCACAAACGGUGGAUGACCUAACCCAUGGACGGUGUCGAAAUUUACGAAUGAUUGUUACUCACUCGCAAACCGGCACCAAUUCAUAGAUCCAAUACCUAUGCUAAUUAAGUACAUCUUUGAAAGACUCAAAAACAUAAAAUAAAUACAAAAAGCAGUGCUGUGUUGCUUCGGAUGGCCGUUUUUGGGGAAGCGCUAAAUCCCGAAAACUUCAAAAAUGGCUGCAAUUCAGUAAAUCUCGUUUUUUGAUAAAAGAAGAAUGUCGUCUUGUUCAAAAACAAUGUAAAUAUUAAAUUUCAAAUAAAAUUAUGUUUAAAAAUAAUGUUUUAGUGAAGCUUGCACCUAGAUAUCCUUUGAGAAUUAGUAUAAUUUCAUAUAUCACUGUUUGUCAACAGCCUACAGUCCGAAUAUAGAUUCCAAAACACUCUUCUAGGGAUUCGCGGAAUUCUUAAAUCCUUUAACUUGAAUGAGAUGCGAUUUGACCAGAAAAAUAGAUUCUGUGACAUUUAUCUGUUAAAAACAUUAAAAUAACGUACUGUUUGAAGGCAGUUACCAAAUUAGCGAGUGUUUGGGUGUUUUUUCUCAUGACGGACGUCGUUUGGUUUAAAUGUAAGGACUCACUCAAACAUAAAACUUCAUUUUCAAGUAUAAUGGUCGUCCACAACGAAAGUCAGCAACGAAUAUCCAUUCGAUUAAUUAGAAAACUUUCUCUUCCAAGCUACUCCUUUAAGAAGUGCUUCAAUACUGCACUUUGUUAACGGAUCUCUAUGUACUUUGCAUUUUUGCAGUGAGGCCGAGAAAAAACAAAUUUGACACUUUUGGCCGUUUGUUUCACGUUCCUCAACCAUAAAUCCGGAAAAAGAUAAAUAUUUAGGUCUGGCAACUUCUGAUUAUUAAGACCCCUGCGGGUAAAUUACUCUGCUUUCAAUGAAAAAGCCACUCAGAUGCCCAACCGAAGUCUAGGACAGGAAUUAGCAUGGCAUUGCAGGAGUAUACCGAAACGUCCAUUUUCGCUAGAAUUUAUAAACACUUCGCCUAAUAUAAUUACUUGAACUAAAUUCAUUUACAAGAAAACGACAUUUCACUGAAGUGACUGGAUGAGCAAGCAAAAUGCACAACGUUUAAGACGUCCAGAAAUUCUCAUUUCAGUUUCUGUUAUCAGGUUUCAGGAGAUAGUUGAUGUACUGUAUCUGUGGGUGUUGCAAGUAUCAAGAUCUCACUGCGCCGUGAAUAGAUAACUUGUGCCCCUCCUAAUUCCUAGUCUAGAACUCAAGCCUAACCUGUAGAAUAGUAGUCAGUUCAAAUAAUCAAUCAUGCUAACAGCUAAAUCCCUACAAUUCAGCCGCCACGAAUAUAUGCAAUACGUCCCUGGAAGCCGGAAGGUGUCGGGCCAUCCACAUACGAUAUGGAUACGACAGUAAAAUCGGACAGUGCAGAAACUUCACAUUUGGCGGUUGCAACCCAAAUGCAAACAAUUUUCUGACGCAGAAGGCCUGUGAAGAAGCAACUGCAGGGUGCUCACACAAAGAUAUGUCAAGUGAGAGCUUCACACUUCCACUUACUUUUAUGCAUUAUUUGUCCUCCCACGACGACGUGCCAUUUUGAUUUCAUGAGAUUGGGGAUUUUUUUCCCAGUCAUUUGGCGUGCACUUGUGUUGGCCUAUAAUUUUAUUACUGUAAUGCGACUUCUCCAUUUUAGCUUCUCCAUCCGUCUCCACUACUAAAAACGGCAAAGCUCCGCAUAUCAAGUCUCCAGCUGAGAAAAAUAAAGCAGCCGCAGAUUUCAACAAGCGUCGUGCAGAUGUUUGACAAAUUUCUGCCACGGAAUCUGCUUACAAGUUCAGAACACGUUUUCUUACAAAACUGCUUACUAUUUAUGCUGAAUUUACGCACGCACGCACGCUUAUGGUCACUACCGGUUUUUCAUUAGAUAACUUUAGUGGGAAUAUUCUUCUGUAAUAAAUGGUCAAACAGGUCUUAUUUUUCUUCUCAACAUGGAUUGGCUAGUAGGGCGGAGUGUUUAAAAAUGCUGCGAAUGUGAGUCGGUUGACAAAUCCGGUACAAAUGACUAGACCGUGCUCCAUGACAGUGGUGAGUUACACGCGGAUCUAUUUACGACGCAGAGGACUCGUGCUUCAACAAGCUCACCAUUUCUCCCCCCGUCCCUAAGCACUCGCUCUGUUUCUUUGGCAAUUCGAAGGCACAGUAGGACACAAACUCUAAACAGCGUCCUUAUUCGGUCAACUCAUGAAGGAUAUCAAAAAACAUUAAAAAUGCGAAAUUAUUAACCGUACUGACAACACAGGUAGAAACUAAAAGCCCAGACACGCGUGUUUUCGCCAAUAUUGUACCGUUGCUUGACGCAGCUGCGAGGGGUUUGGCUCAUCAGUGGGUCCCCCAGCCUUCGUCGUGUAAUUUCUGGUAUAUGAACUUCAGUUUCACCUUGCCUUCUUUAAUUUCCGCGGAAAGCAAUGCGCGAAAUUGGAGCAAAUUCUUCGGAACAGAUCUUUUUCAGGCACGGUCCGGAAUUUGAUUUAAUUGAUCUAGAAUCCACCAGUUUCUGCGAACCAGCCGCGUAAUAUUCACAAACAUCCAGCAGGCAGUCAGUAAUAUACAACUGUAUGAUUAUUGAUUAUACUGACAACACAGAUACACAAAAGGGAGACCAUGAGGCACACUGUCUAUGAAUUUCUAGAAGGCCUGGACGGCGUUGUGGUGUGCAAAUGACAUGCGCAGCGAUUCAAUGUGGUUAAAGGGAGCGCUGACGACCGUCUUUGAAACAUCCUCCGGGGCGAUGGGGAAUCAGGUGGAAGGCAAGGGCCAAGUCGAUCUUCGAGAACACAGAGCUGACGACUAGGGUAUUGGCGGUCGGGUAUAGUUACGUUGUUCAAGGUUCUGUAGUCACCGCAGGCGCGCCAGUCACCAGUGACGGCGGUUUGGAAUCAUGCGGAGACGUGGAUCCUAUGCGCUUUCAGACUGACGGUUAAUGCCCAUCUGAAGCCUCGGCUUGAACUCGGCCCUGUCGACCGACAGUCGUGCAGUCGCUAGACAGCGGGACUUAGAAAACACAACAGGGCCAGCCGUAGGAAUGUGGUGGACAACGUCAGGCCGUGAAGGUACGACAGGUGAUACCAAGGUAUCUAUCAAGGAGCUGUCGACAUGGGCUAUCUCGGACAGGGUCCAGGAAGGCAAGUUGGUGGGACGGUUCAUAAUGAGGUAAAUCGCAGAUGUUGAGCUUGAUAGUCUGGUCUUUCGGGUGAGACCGACGGUAGUCGACCGGAUAAUCCAGAUUUGCGAUAAAAUUUCCCCGCACGUCGGCAAUGACAAAGACCCAAGGGAAUAGACACCAAAAGCUGGUGCCCAGAAAAGGAGAGAAGUCAGCUACCGAAGAUGGCGAGUGGAGAGAUGUCAACGGCCCGGAAGAAGUGACCGGUUGGAUGCUGUGGGAAGGAUGACACAUAGCUCCGCACCAUUAUCAACCAAAAAUGUCUGUUACUCCGAUUGUCACGGAAGUAGAAGGCGCGUCCAGGGCUAGAGCUACCAGAGAGAUUGAACGCACUAACCUUUGGGCUGACCCGUUUGCUCUGCAGGGAGACAAAGAAACAGGGGGAAAAUGCAGACACGGGCAUUGGCACAAAAGAUUGUGGGAUAUCAGCAUGUGGCGGCAAUGUUGAAGUGGGACGAAGCAGUCGGCUGGACAUGCCGGGUAGAUGAUCUCAGUGGACUCCGGGAUGAAGUUAUGGCUGCCUGCUUUUCAACAGGGACGAUGUUAUCGGCAAACUUCGCAAUCCCAGACUUAUUGUGCGAGACGGGGAGAUGUAAGAGAAAAUAAAAAAAUUACAGGAGAGAGGGAGCGAGGAAAGUGAUUGCCUAUGAAAUCCGCGAAAUUCAACGAGCUUUCUGGGGAAUUUUUGCGACCGAACGAGAGCCAGGCGGAGGGGGGGGGAGUGUCGUCUGCGUUUAUCCUCCGAACGAGGGAUUUUUCUGAGAGGUUUUAGAGGCGUAAGGCGGGACCGAGCACUCGGCCUUGCUACCGAAGUUGUCACGACACCAACAGGGGUUAUUAGUGCUCGGGUGAGAGCGGGAUUGGCGACCGUUUCGGCUAACUGUACGUCGAAAUGUGCGGUGUAGAGUGGUGUAGCUGCAAAGACGAAACAGUCGCCGAUAAUUCGGCUAUCUGUGCCUUGAUCUCAGUCAGGCCGUGGGAUGUGCGAAACCGCUAAAGAAGCCAGACACUGAAACUGAAAAAUAUGGCCAGCCAUUUCGGCAAACUGCGAGACGGUAAUUUCCUCGGAUACAAAAGCUAAAUUGUGUGCCUGGGAGGCGUUGUGGUGUGCAAAUGGCAUGCGCAAGGACUCAAGUUUAGAAAUCCAAACCAAUGCUAUCAUUCUAGUAGUGGCACCUAACGUUUAUUUCAUCAGGCAUAGAUUUCUGGGAUGAACUCUGAUUUAAGAGACUUUGUGAACGACUGGACAGUCUGCAUAGUCUGCCUGUUUUAUGGGAAAGGUGAGCGCCGGCUUCGAUAACGACCAGAUUCAUGGACCAGUGUGGAAAUUGACAUCUGUGCACGCACCAUAAUUUCAGAAGCAGUUACUGACAAUAUUUCAGUAAAGCAUUUGUAGUCGUAAAUUAGCCGACUUUUGAGUUAUGAGGGAAGAGCAAGUUGAAGCACAUAGUUUUGUGAAAAAUGUCCACUUCAACGCCCCAGUGACCCAAACUGGAAUAUGCCCCUAAUAUUCUGCAUGGAAUGACUAGGCGGGAUAUUUGGCCUGGAUCGUUGGGCGUGAAGCCGACGAAAGGCACAUUUUGACUGUCAAAUAUGAUCCUAUAGGACCAGAAUGCCACACAGACUGGCAGCACUCAGCACAACGGAGGGACAGGAGUGAGGUAUCUCAGUCUUUCCAAAUAUUGUUUUUUUGCAUUUAAGAAGACGUCUUAGACUAAAUGAAGAUUAGGUCCUCUGUUUUCAGUUGGUACUUGUGUCAAAGGCCUCAAUCAAAAUCUUGGGAAUUAAAGAAAAGCAGCACGCUGUCGUUGUAAAAGUCGCUUCUUAUUCCAUCCAUACGCCCGAUCGGAGCAACUGGAGUGGUUCAUAAAACGUUGGCCGCAGAGUUGGCUGGUCAACUGCUACUGGGCUUUGAACUGUUACUAGUCAACAUUGUGCCGUGUGUAAGUGCCGUCUUGUCCUAUUUAAAGAAUGUGACCUAACUCAUGGAAUGCGUCGAAAUUUACGAAUGAUUUUCAAUCACUCGCAAACCGACGCCAAUGCAUAGAUCCAAUAUCUAUGCUAAUGAAGUACAGAUUUAAAAGAAUUAAAACUUGAAAGAAAUAUUAAAGGCAGUGUUGUGUUGCUUCGAAAUGCCGUUUUUUAGAAAAGCGCAAAAUUUCGAAAAUUUCAAAUAUAGCUGAAAUUCAGUAAAUAUUGUUUUUAUGAUGUAAAGAAUGUCUUCUCAUCACAAAACCGAAGUACAUAUAAAAUCACAAAUUUAAUAAUGUUUAAAAAUAAUGUUUUAGUGAAGCUUGCAUCCAGAUAUCCCUUAAGAAUCAAUAUGACUUCAUAUAUCAAGUUUUGUCAACAGCCUACAUUCUGAGUAUAGAUUUCAGGGCAGUCUUUCUGAAACUUAUGUUAUUCUUAACUCGUUUGAUUUGCAUGAGAUGCGGCUCAACAUGAAAAACGUAAUUCCGUUUGAUUUCACCAGUGUGGACGGCGCCUAGGGCAGGAGACUGCAUGCAUAUUUUGCAAUGCCCAUUUUCGCAAAAUUUAUUAAAAUUUUUCUGGAUAUAAUUACGGGAAUAUAAUUCCUGCAUAAGAAAAGAACAUUUCAUUUAAUAGGCUGGAUGAGUAAGUAAAAUUCGCAAAGUUAAGAACGUCCAUAAAUUCUCACAUCAGUUUCGGUUUUCAGGUUUCAUGACAUAGGUAACUUAUCUUAAGUGUACCCAGUAUCUAAUGUGUGCAUGUUCAUUUGAAAAGGAUGGUAUCGAAUCAUAACGUCUUAUUGAUGUUCAUGGAGGUACGUUGAGGCAAACCUUUUAGUUUAGCCACAGUAUAUGCCAUCGCAUGUUUUGCAAGGUGUCCUAUAAACGACUUCCAUUUUAUGCAGAUUGCGUAAGGCAGUCAAUAAUCUGCUUGUCAACGGGUUCAGACACAGAAUAAAUGUUAGUGAGGGUUCGCCACCUAUUUGCUGCGGGUGGCUGCUUGAAUCUACCUAAUGACUUGUCUUUUGACUCUUGUUUCUCCAUUCAUCGAUAUGCGAAAUCUCUUGAGCAAUGAUUUUGGAAAAAUAAUUCAGCCGGAUAGUUUAGUUCUAUUCCGUAGCUUUGUUAGUCGAAAGAGUGAUCUUGCUUAGUGAAGCAAGCCGUUUACAGUGCUCUGUUUGUGAGAGAUUGGGUUGUUGCUCUUUUAGUGUAGAACGACUUCCGCAUAAAUUCCUCCGCGGUAAACGGAUGCGUGUAAUGUUCCGUCAGUUUUGCGUUGUACGAGAACAUUCAAAAAUUGGAGCUUAUUGUCGACUUCCUCGUCCAGUGUGAACAUACUUCCCGAAAUUGUUGAAUUGAUGAUGCAUGGAUGGCUUCUAGUUGAUCACUCUCAACGACAACAAAUUAUGAUUAAUGAGUGGAAGAGUUUUACCACCUGCUAUCUCUGCAAGGAACGUAACUGAUAUUAUUUGGUGGAUUUCAACCAUUGACAAAUCCUGAUAGCGUACACAGUGCAACCUUUUAAGGAUGAAAGGACAUUAACUGAACUGCCCCUUUACGCGUUAAUUGCCAAAGUCUGCCGGUCAAACUUUAACCAAAGUCAGGGCGAUUAGUGGUCUCAAUAUGAGUAAUUUCGCCUGCGAACUCUGUUUACGAGAUUACAGAAGAAGUGAUCUGCAAUCAGGAUGAACCGAUGAACGUCACCGACAUGUGUAUUGUGAAUAUACCAUCUUUUAACUAAGUAGGAACUUUAGUUCUACUAUAACUUCUUUUAUACAACAUCACUUUGUUUUUAAAAGGUGCGUAGUGUCUAGAAUUGUGUAAUUAUUUACCAUACUGACAACACAGAUCAAAGCUAAAAGACCAAACACGCGUGUUUCGCCGAUUUUGUGCGACAGCCCGAAGCAGUUUCGAGGGGUUCGGCUCAUCAAGUUUGGCGCAUUCUAAGACAUGGGUUAGGUCAUCCUUUAGAGACUGCCCCUUCCGUGAAAGCGGGCAGUAGUUUGUCAGGAGAACAUGCAAUAAUUCACCAAGUGAGUGAGGGUUCGCCGCGUAUUUGCUGUGGGUGGCUGCUUGAAGCUGCCUAGUUACUUCCUUUUUAACCCUUGUUUCUCCAUGCAUCGGCACGCAAAAUCUCUUGAGCAAUAAUUUUGGAAAAAUAAUUCAAACGGAUAGUUUAGUUCUAUUCCGUAGCUUUAUUGGUCGAAAGAGUGAUUUUAUUCAGUGAAGCAAGUCCUUUAUAGUGCUCGGUCUGUGAGAGAUUGGGUUGUUGCUCUCAUAGUGUAGAACGCUGGGCGCCAUGCUCGAGCAAGGAGAUCUCCACAUUUACGUUACCAGUAUUUGCCCUUUCCUAAUUCUCCGUAGAGGAGGUUAUACUAUUCAACUUUUGAUCGCUGUACACCCAUAACCCUUACGUGAACAAUAUGUUACUCACCUUCAUUUACAAUAGUGAAUGCAAGCUAAAAAGCUUAUAUUUAACGAUAAGAGAGCGAAAUCUGUCUAAAAUAAUGCAGAAUGACGUCAUUAGAAAGGAUAGAAAUUCACAAAACUUUGGACGAGGCCUGCCCCGUCUAGCCCCGUCUGGCCCCCGGGGCCAUGUGUUGGCAGGGAAUCUUGCUAGAUAGAAAUUCUAAAGAGCAAAUUUCUUGGUUCAUGAAAAGAAUGUGUUUUUAUAUACUCGCCUUAACCAUAAUUACAUGAAAUAAAUAUGGUACUUUUUAUUGCCACAGUCGGCUUCUUUGGUAUUUUUAGUAAUUAUAUGAAAGUUCCUUUGUAGCGCAAUGCGUGCACGUAAGAGAUUUUAAAAGUUGACACUUACAUUAGGUGGACUAAUUCAUGAAACGUCAACCAACCUUCCGAAAUGCGUUUUCGUUUCGAAAAGAUUAUUUAAGUGGGGUUGUAAAACUAAACAUUAUACUGCAUAAUUUUAUAAUAAUUCAGUUUCCUCAUGUAGACGGCUUUCGAAUAAACUUCUUUCCAGCUGCAUGUAAAAACCACCCUUCGCAAAAGAGACUGCAUAUGUAGCAUACGUUUUUCUUACUGAUUUUCGAAGCCCUUAAAAAUCAAUUACAUAUAUUUUGUGGAAAACAUGCACUAAACUAUUCAUUCUUUCGCUCAUUCGGUAGAAAAUGACGUCGUCUUCAAAUUUUUUACUCGAAGGCAAGGUUUAAUUUGGUUUUAAAAGGAUACCUUAUUGUGAGAUUUUUUAAUACCGUGAACUGGUCGUUCAUACUACAAUGUGUCUCCGCAUUGACCAAUGUGACUUGUAAAGUUAACAAUAGAGCUCUAAUCCACCGUUAAAUUAUGUUUACCACAUAUGGUCUCCUCUUAAUACCGUGGGGAAAUGUAUGGUUUUCUAUACGUGGAAAAUAUAUGGCUUGCCGUGUAGAAACCCUGAAUGUGAGUGUAACGGCAGGUCGCGGUUCAAAAUUAUUCGGGAUUUGGAAAAGCUUCUGUAAACCGAAUCGUACACUUCUUUCGAGUAUAAAAUUGAAAGAAGACAUAAUUUUCUACCGAAUGAGCCAGAGAAUGACUACGUUUAUGCAUGUGUUCCAUGAAAUAUAGUUGAAUCUUCAUAGCCAAUGAACAUCAAUGAGAAAAUUACAUGCUACAUAAGUAGUCAUUUUUUACAAAGUACGAAUUUUGCAUGAAGCAGUGAGGAAAUUCUUUCGAAAGCCGACAUCCUCCGGUCACUGAAUUAUUACAAAAUUAUGCAGUAUGAUUAUUAGUUUUACAACCCUACUUAAUUAAUCUUUUCGAAACGGAAACACAUUUCGGCAUUUUCGUAGCUGUUUAAUGAGUUAGCCCAUCUACUGUAGAUAUAUGAAAAUUUCAAGCCGUAGCCCCUUAUACUUAUGACCCCGUAUUCCAAAAGCAAAGCAUGAUACACAUCAGACGAAGCAUGUCUGAAAUUUCCUUUUUCGAGUUAUAUGAUUUUGUUCAUGCAGUGUAUUUCUUAACACGACUUCUCCUAGGUGUGCUUCUAAACAUGUUACUAUCUAAAUGAGAAUAAGUGCAUCUGCCCGCUCCUCUGCGCCCCACUAAAGCUCUCUGUGACGAUUGGUAAACUCUCCGUCUAAGAUCACGCCCCAAAAUUGGCCGUUCGUCUCAAACGACAGUUUUACUGUAAUUUCCGACGAUGUCCACCGUGUGUGCCACAGCAGGGAUGUGAAGUGAUAGUAGACUUGCACAGCAUCUAACGCACUGCCUCGUCCUCACUAUCCUGGGUCCGAUGCCAAGGCACAGUCAAGCGGAACGCAGGCGGGACAUGCGCAGACAUGCGCCUACGGCGCAACGACACGCCGUACCCUGAUGCGGCCUCCCUUUUGGUCAGAGGCACCUCCCACGUGGACCGUUAAAGGGGACACUUUCGGUUCAAACAGUGCCUCUCUGAACAGCCAUCAAAAUUUCAAAGUCCCUAAAAUCAGCCAGUUAAUAAAGGGACUUGAAAAUCCGAGCAUGUCAUCCACAGACAAUGGAAGUCACACAAUUUCUCAGGAAGUGACUUUGAGGAGUUUACUGUCGCUUUAAUGGAACAUGUUGGAAACUAGAGGAAUGUGCUUCUGCCGAUAUAAAAAGUGACGAUAAAUUUGGGUCCUGGAAUGUCGUAGUAUGUCAAUAAAACUGACCUAACAUGACCUCUUUUUUCGAAAAGUGCUUUCUGGUACUCCGGUCGAUUCCAGAAAAAAUUAACCACACCAAGCUUAUGCCAUUGCACCAAAUCACUUACCGUAAAAGAUAUUUCAUGAGUUAGGGCGUCUACCGCCGUCCAGUAGAAUGUGUCCUACAUUGAUGCACUCUGGAUGAUGGGUUAGGCUAAAGUAUGUACGCUCCUCAAGUAUGAAGAGCUCGCCGACAACUUGAGCCGGUUGGAUUUUGUCUGUGGUUCCGUUGCGCGGGUGAUCAUUGGGUCUCAGAAACCGUCGAAGAUACUGUAAUUCGGCAACAUCGUCUUCGCUUCACUGCAGUGCGUCUCCACACGCCGUUAUAGCGUCCUCACGCAACUGCGUUUGUGGCUUAUUUGGCGGUUGUUUUCUGAAAUGCGAGACGUUGGUAAUCGGAAAACUCUAGACGAGCCUCUGAUUGUCAAGCAGAUGACUGUUUUCCAAAAACCAUGCAGAAACAUGAUCCAAACCGUCAAUCAAAGCAGAUAAGUCAGAUUUUUAAUAGGGUGACCAACAGCCAUUUCCUCAGCUUUCUUAUCAUUGGGAGAUCUCAGAUCAUCAGUAUGAAGUGGGAAUAAUGGUUGAGACGGACCCUGAAGGACUGUGCGGUUGUCAGGAAGAACAGCCGAUUUCCCGUGCCAUCGUGGAAAGCUAAAUGCUCUCAAAGCCAAAAAGCAAUCCGGCAAGGAGGGCCGCAUUAAGUCGUUUUUAUGCGGAGGAGAUGGGACGGGACUGUGUUGCAUGUGAACUAUUCCAACAAACUGGACGAGAGAGGGAAAAGUGUGCAAUCCCUUUUUAAAUCAGUCGGUCGCAUAGUGAUCACAAUAGACAAUUUUCUCAUCGUCCGCAUCCCGGCUGGCUAUGGUGUAUAUACAGCCAGACUCCCCCGAAAAGACAAGAGGAUACAAGCGAUGAUGCGAGUUCCAGGAACUAGUUGAUUAGAAGAAGAAGAAGAAGCGAUCGCUGGAACAAGGGCUUUAUUCGCCUGACGUUUCGGAUUCUCACUUGACUCCAUCAUCAGAGACAGUGGCAGAAAAGGGUGACUCGUGCACAGGAAAUCGCAGUAUUUAUGGGAUGCAGUCGUUAUGCUACCGCAUACCGUCAGAUGAUGAGACCAAAAGACCCACUGCCAGGGCAAGAAACGCCUGCAGUCGUCUACCGGAUCUGGUGCAGUUGCGUACAAAACAAAUACGUCGGAGAAACUGGAAGACUGUUGCGAACGCGAAUUGCCGAACACGCGGCAGCGGUACGGAGAAAUGACGCAAACUCUCAGGUCGCGGCCCAUUCGACGAGACCCGGCCACACAUUCAAGUUCGAUGAGGCCGAAAUUCUCGCGAGAGAGGAUAAUCGCGUGAGCCGCGAGCUACUUGAGUCAUGGUUCACGGGACCACAGUCUAUCAACAAGUGCAACGACAUCAGCGGGCAGCCAGCCUCGAUGACGUGGAGCGCGGUUAAUUGCUGUAGGUAUGCGGUAGCAUAGUGACUGCAUCCUAUAAAUACUGCGAUUUUCUGUGCCCGAGUCACCCUUUUCUGUCACUGUCUCUGAUGAUGGAUUCAAGUGAGAAUCCGAAACGUCAGGCGAAUAAAGCCCUUGUUCCAGCGAUCGCUUCUUCUUCUAAUGAAGACAAGAAGAGUUUAAAGAAGUGGGCGUAGAUUGAUUGAAUAUUAUCCAGUAGCAACAAAAAAGAAAUGCAGUAGAUCACGAUCGAGAGGUCCUGAUAUCAAAUGGAACCGCGUGUAAAAAUUUCGUUUCCUCCCAGACCAAGUCAACGGCAGUCCAUUCGUGGCGAAAUGGCGCCUAAGUAGGAAGCAGUUAAUCAAAAUACUCAGCGUUUAAGCCGAGUGGUUAGUCCGAAAUCGAACACCCAGGAAGUUGAGAAGACCAACUUCUACGACAUUCCCUAAGCACCCCCCCUCCUAGUGUCCGACUCGAUGACUGAUCUCAUGAAGUACUUCACUGACCUCGGUCAUCGAGCUGGUUAAGAUUACGUUAGCCAGCAGCACGUUUGGAAACUUCAGCGACAGCGGCAUCAUUCCCUCAUAGGUCUAUAUAGGAUGCAAUAUCCUUACCAAUAUAAUUGUCCUCCGUCUUCCAAACUGAGAUGAGAAAUCGUGGAUGAGACCUCGGCUUAUGUAAACGAAAGAUUGGUUUCAUGAUAAUGAUGAAAGCGCACCUGGAUCGUCGAUAUCUUAGAGACAAAAGAUGAUAAAUCCGAAGGCGCCGUAGCUCUUCAUUUGCUAUCCUACCUCUUCUGAUUCUGACAGAACAUCGUGAACUCUGUUCCGCUUACAUCGUGCAUCCCAAUGGUAUAUUACUAUCAGGAUUUCUCUACAUUAGAUCUGACAAUUCCAGGAAAAGAUGCAAGUUCAGGAACUGGCUGAUAAGAAGUAUAUGCGAUCGCUGGAACAAGAGCCUUAUUCGCCUGAAGUUUCGGAUUCUCGCCAGGGGCACAUACAGUAGAUGUGCUAACUCAUGAAAUAUCAACCAAAAUUUCGAAAUGCGUUCACAUUUCGAAAAGAGAAAUCAAGUAGUAUUGUAAAGCUAAUCAUGAUGCAGCCUAAAUCUAUAAUGAUCCAAUUACCUUAGGGUGUCGGCUUUCGAAAGAACUUAUUUUCGGCUGCAUGCAAGAUCUAUACUCUGCAAAAAAAUGACUACUUAAUUAGUAUGCAAUUUUCUCAUUAACUUUCGAUGCCCUUGAAAAUUCAAUUAUAUUUCAUGGAAAACAUGCAUAACUUUAUUCAUUCUUUUACUAAUUCGGUAGAAAAUCACAUCUUCUUCCAAUUUCAACCUUUUAAGAGGAUUAUAAUUCGGUUUUAAGAAAAACUUUUCUAAUUCCCGAAUAAUUUUGAACCCGACCUGCUGUUACACUUGCAUUCAGGGUUUCAAAACUACAGGCUGUAUAUUUUUAGCUUACGAAAACCAUGCAUUUCUCUACUGUGUUAAGAGAAGACUAUAUGAGGUUCAUAAAAUUAAGCAGUGGAUUUAAGCAAUAUUGUUACCUUUACAAGCCACAUUCGUUAAUUCAGAUACAUGACGUUUCAUGAACGGCCAUUUAACGAUAUUAAUGAAUCUCACAAUUAAGACUUUUUAAAAACCGAAUUAUACACUUUUUGGGGUAUGAAAUUGGAGGAGGACGUGAUUUUCUACCAAGACGCAAUUUCCCAUCAAAUGAAUAAAAGAAUGAAUAUUUUUAUGCACGUUUUCCAUGAAAUAUAAUUGAAUUUUCAAGGGCAUCAAAAAUCAAUGAGAAAAUUGCAUGCUACUUAAGUAGUCAUUUUUGCAGAGUAUAAAUCUUACAUGCAGCCGAAAAUAAGUUCUUUCGAAAGCCGACACCCUGAGGUAACUGGAUUAUUAUAGAUUUUUGCUGCAUCAUGAUUAGUUUUACAACACUACUUAAUUUAUCUUUUCGAAACGUGAACACAUUUCGAAAUUUUGGUUGACAUUUCAUGAGUUAGCACAUCUACUGUAUGUGCGAUAAACAGGAUCGCUGUCCUGCAGAAGUGCUGCACCAAUCAGAAGGGGAUUGAAAUCGGUCUGAACAGUAGCUGCUAGAACUUGCUGUAUGCUCAAACAUAAGUCCCCUUUUCUUCACCCCUGCAACCAACGCUACCAAUCGAUCCACGCAGCGCGCUUUUCUUCGUGGAGUGCGCCUCGUUUAAACUUCCCAGUGUGUUUACCUUUGUUUCUAAGCGCGCCCGCAGUACACGGCAGGACUUGGUUCCGUCUACAGAUGUGGUGUGAAGUAUCCGCACGAUUGAGUCACAUCAGUCACGUCUUUUGUGGGAGUGAAAACAACUGCCGAAAUCUCGACUGAGCGCAAUGCCAAAACAUCAAGACACACGUGAGCUUCUUUGCGGGUCCUCUUGUGCGACUGGCACUCGAGGUGUUUGAAGUAUUCUGCCGCCGCCACCGUCAGUCGCUAUACUUCAAUAACAAGGAACAGCAGUAAGAACUGUCAAAAACAAAGCCUAGCACGUGAUGUGUGCUGUUUUGCGGAAGCCACAUAAUUGCAGGGUGCAAGUCGUGAAAAAUAGAAAUGGAAGGAUGUAGGCAAGGCGGAGAAAAGUACAGUAGGUGGGCUAACUCAUGAAAUGUCAAUCAACAUUCCGAAAUGCAUUUUCGUUUCGAAAGUUUUAUUUAGUAGGGUUAUAAAACAGAUCAUUGUGCAACAUGAUUCUAUAAUAAUUCAGUUACCUCAGGUAGCCGGCUUUCGAACGAACUUCUUUACGGCUACACCCAAAAACAACAUUCUGUAAAAAGGACUACUUGGGUAGCAUGCAUUUUUCUCAUUGAUCUUCGAUGUCCUUAGAAAUUCAAUUAUACUCCACGGAAAACAUGAAUAAAAAUAUUCAUUAUCUUGCUCAUUCGGUAGAAAAUUACGUCUUCUUUCAAUGCUAUACUCGAAGAAAGUGUGUAGUCCAACUUUUAAAAACUUUUUCAAACCCCGAAUAAUCUCGAAUGCGACCCCGUUAAACUUGUAUUUUGGGUUUCCAAACUGCAAGCCAUAUAUUUUACACGUACAGAAAACCAUAUGUUGUUCUCUAAAUUUAGUAGUGGAUUUGAGUCAUAUUGCUAACUUUACAAGCCGCAUUGGAAAAUGCAGAGAUAUGACUUUUUCUGAACGGCCAUUUCACAGUAUUUAAAAGUCCCACUGUCAGAAACUUUUGAAAACAAACUGAUACCCUUCCUUCGAGUAUAAAAUCGGAAGGAGACGUAAUUUUCUGCCGAAUGAGAAGGAGAAUGGAUUUUUCACGCACGCUUUUCAUUAAAUAUAAGUGAAUUUCUAAAAGCCUCGAAAAUCAGUGAGUAAAAUGGAUGCCAAACAGGCAGUCAUCUUUGCAGAGGGCAGUUUUUGCACGCAGACGGAAAGGAGUUUGUUCGAAAGCCGGCUACCUGAGGUAACUGAAUUAUUACAGAAUUAUGCUGCACGAUGAUUAGUUUUACAACACUACCUAAAUAUAUAUUUUGGCAGAUUUUGAAUAAUUCAUAUUGACCCAGCUGUGAAAAACUUGGCGCCUCGGCGGGAUUCGAACUCACGCAGUAAGGGGAAGGCUUUAGUACAGCCAACGCUCUAACCACUUGAGCUACGAGGCCCCGCCGGACGACGCGAGAUUAAUAUUUUCAAACCGAUAACGCAUUUCGGGAUGUUGGUUGACAUUUCAUGAGUUAGCCCACCUACUGUAGCAGUUCGCCCUAGAGGUAACAAAGUAGGUCUCUGGUCAGCGGUGGAGUCGGAUCUUUGGAUCAUCUGUAUAUAUUGCCCUGCUAUGACCAGGUAAGCGUCCAGAAGGGAGGAAGAGUUUUGCGUAAAAUCUGUCCAGCUGAAAGUUACGUUGGUCAUCGUUCAUUUCGAUGAGACAGGAAUACCAGAAUUCCUCUGCAGGGUAGACUUGACAACUCCAGGAGAGCGCAAUGUCGGCGCACGCAGCGGUCAACACAGCAGCCACGAAGGCCGUUGCCGGUGAAAUAAGUUGUAAAAGAGGGUCAUGUACUCGCUCGUGCCUUUUUCAGCCUCAUUUUAUCCUGAGGACUGCUUGUUGAUCGCGUAUUGUGAUUAGCGACCUCUUUUUAGUUGACGAUGGCACGCCCACCAACACAGCCGAUGCGGGCAUGUGGAAGGUCGUGAGUCCGGUUGCGUCUCAUGGACAGAAAGCGCACGUGGCCGAGGUUUCGUGAGAUAUCUCGAUUGUCUACGGAAAAUGAAAGGGGCUGCUGGUAGUGAUACCAUUGGAGGGACAAGUAGGAAAUAGGGGAUCGUGUCGUCUGCUGUGAACCAUCAGUUAGACCAUCGUUACGGACGGUGUCCACCGUGUGUCCCGUAGCAUGUUGGUUGCAGUGUGUGUACCUUUGGUUUUAAGCACACCCGCAUUACACGGCAGACCUUGGUUCCGUCUACAGAUGUGAUUUGAAGUAUCCGUACGACUGAGUCACAUCUGUCACGUCCUGCGUACCUACAUGGGAGUGAAAACAACUGCCGACGUCGCCGUAGAGCGAGCGCAAUGCCAAAACAUCAGGUCACGCGGGAGCUUCUUGGCGGGUCGUCUUGUGAGAGGGGCACUCGCGGUGUAACAUUAGUUUAAAAACAAGGAGCAGCGGAAACCAUUGUCAGGAACAAAGCGAAGCACGUGACGCUUGCUGUUUCGCGGUGGAAUGCAAGUCGGGAACAGUCUAAACGGACGACGGAGCGAAAUAACAUUUCGUCUGAGGGGUAGCAAAAUACGUCUGUGGCCAGCAGUGAACCCGGGCCUUUUGACUGUCUGUAUAUUUUCCUGCUAGGGCCAGAUAAGCGUCCAGAAGGCAGGGAGAUUUUCUGCAUCCAAUCAGUCCAGCUAACGGUUAAGCUGUUUAGCGUUCUUUGUGAUGGGACAAGAAUACCAGAAUGCCUCCGCACGGUAGAUCUGAUGACGACGCACAUAGAGGUCAGCAAAGCAGCCACGAAGGCUGUUGGCAGUGAAGCAAGAUGUAAGACAGUGUCAUGAAGUCGCUCGUGCCUUGUUCAGCCUCUUCUCCUGCUCAUCGCUGUUCACUGGCCACCGAUUCUGAUUGGCGGCCAGAUCUUUGAAUGACGAGAUUUAUGACCACCUUUUUUACUGACGACGGUGAGCCCACCACCACAGCCGAAGGGGAUGUGUGGCAGAUCGUGAGCCCAUUUACCUUCGGUUGCGGCUGGUGGACAAGUUCCGAAAAAUUAGUAAAGGGCAGAAAACGCACGUAGCUGAGUUUUAGUGAGGUGUCUCGAUUGCCUACGGAAAAUGAAAGGGGCUGCUGGUGGUACCAUUGGGUGGACCAGUAUGACAUAGGGGAUCGUGUCGUCCGCUGUGAACUGUCAGCUAGACCCUCAUUACGGACGCUGUUCAGAGUGUGAUUCAUAGCAUGGUAGUCAUAGGGACGUUGGAAUGGGUGUGAUUUAGUUUAUCUUAUUAGUAGACUUGCGUAGCAUCCGCUGCACUCUCUCAUCCUCUCCCUCACCUGGACCAGUUCCAUGACAGAAUCGAGACGUCAUACCAUUCUGCAAAAUGGCAUGAUCUGCACAGGACUGCAUUGACUGUAAAAGCGAACGCAAGCUAUGAUAUUAUUACGACCGUUUCCCUAGAUUAUUAAAUCUACACAUAUUCUUAGAGAAUAAUAGAAAAUGCUAAAGAAUAAGUCGCGACCACUGAAACAAGACCUUUAUUUGCCUGAUGUUUCAGAUUCACAUUGUUCUAACUUGUUUCGUCUUUAUCGACAAUAAAAACAGACUACUACUUAUUCGUUGAGAACUACCAUGCAAGCCAGUAGGCACUAAAUAAAAUUCACUCUGAAAUAAUAACAGUCCGGUUAACUUCCCUUUCUGAAUGUGUUUCUGAGAAGAAGACCUGACGGUAGCAUUCGAUGUAGCGUCUAUCGUAAGAAAACGUGGUCCCGACAAUGCACUCAUUUUGGGAAUUUCGUGCCGCAAAACGUUAAACGUAAUUUAGUCCGCUGUUUGGCAGAAAGAGUGAGAAGGAUCUGCUCAGAUGAUAGCGUUGAGAAAGAGCUGAAGAUCAUCGAAAGCCUUUUUCACAGAAUGGGUAUCGUGAUCAAGUCAUUGCUAAGAACAAGGCCAAAGGAUCACAAAACCCCUCGGUACUGACGGCAGGAAAGAAAAGUAUCUUCAUCAGGGUCCCAUUUCAAGGGGAUGCACCAAGUGAACUUUUGAGAAGACGCCUAACUCAAGCUGCGUCACAGACCGUUGCCACAGCUGACACCCGUGUACUGUUCUCCACCAGUCCCAUCGUAUACGGAGAGGGCAAGGACACACUUCCAGCUCAGACCACCUCUAUGUGUAUUUACUCCUUCACCUGCUCCUGUGGGGCAGAAUAUAUUUGUCGCACGGGCCAACGUUUAUCCAAAAGAAUAAAAGAACAUCUUCCAGCAUGGUUAAUAAAGGGUCAAAUAAAGAACAUCAACAACUCGAUCCUCGCGCACAUGGUAGACACAGAACAGCGUAUAGAUGCCAGAGAUGCCUUUAGAGUGAUUUACAUGGUCCCGUCAAGAUAUCUAAAAUUACUUGGGCAGCGCUUGUUGGCUACGGUAGAGGCGGCUGCAAUCAGGCUUCGCGGACCGGUCCUGUGCGCACAGAAGAGCUAAAUAAAGUCGUUUGUUCACUAUAAAAAGCAACGACGCGGAUUCUUUGGUGCGCGGUCGCAGACUGUUCUGAUAGACGCGAAGAAACUCUUCAUUACAUUGCUGCCCGCGGAUUUUCUCGGUCUUGCGAUACCUCCACGCACUUUGCAUCCCCCGCAAGGGGAGGUUGUUCCGUUUAUGUUGGUUUCACGGUCGACGUAGACCCUAUUCAGUUGAGGCCUCUUCUAGGAGUUGACUAGGCGCUGAUCCUUUCAGACGUUGGCGUCGAAGAUGGCCUUCGUCGCCAGCACGUCCUGAAGAUCAAUCCUUCGGACGAGAACGUAGUCCAGCAGCAGCCAACGCCGCGAGGAGAGGUGCGUCCAGGUUGCCUUCUCCUGCGUCAGAUGCUGGAAGAGGGUGUUGAUCAGAAGGCGAAGAUGUUCUGCACAGGUCCGCAGAAUGAGGAGGAGGAGGAGGAGGCUGUUAUCGUUGCAGCCUUCGAUCCCAUGGAGGCUCAGCAAUCCCUUCCAGGCAGCAUGGUCUGUCCCGACGCGGACGUUGAAGUCACCAAGGACGAUCAACCUGUCCGCCUUCGGCACAAUCGUCAGGAGGGCGUCCAUGCCUUCGAAGAACUUGUUCCUCACCUCGUCUGA